UAUCGCAUCUCGUGUGCAACUAUUCUACGACGCGAUUAAAAAUGGCAGCCCUCAAGGAUGUCGUUUCGUUGUAUCAAAAUUUAAAACGUGAAUGGACAAAAACUCCGUGCGUGAAUUUGAAGAAAUGCGGCGAAUUACUGAAUCAAUUGAAGAUCGGCCUCACCCAUCUAAUGUUUCUUCCAACGUCAAACAGUACGGCAACUCAGAAUGAAUUGCUAAUUGCCAGAGACAUAUUGGAAAUCGGAGCACAAUGGAGCAUUGCCAGUGAAGAUAUCCCUUCCUUCGAGCGGUACAUGGCGCAACUUAAAUGCUACUAUUUCGAUUACAAGUCCGGCUUGAUGGAGUCAGCCUACAAGUAUCAGCUCCUUGGUCUGAAUCUUCUGUUCCUGCUGUCGCAGAAUCGAGUCGCCGAAUUUCACACAGAGCUCGAGCUCCUGCCGUCCGAUCAGAUACAAUCGAACGUUUACAUAAGGCAUCCGCUGAGUCUGGAGCAGUAUUUAAUGGAGGGCUCAUACAACAAGAUUUUCCUGGCGAAGGGAAAUGUGCCCGCCGCCUCCUACACCUUCUUCAUAGAUAUUUUAUUGAAUACAGUGCGCGAUGAGAUCGGCGCGUGCAUGGAAAGCGCAUACGACAAGAUUUCCAUUCAGGACGCCGCGAGGAUGCUCAAUUUAAACACGGAGAAAGACAUGAAGGCGUUUGCGACUAAGAAGAAUUGGAAUCUCUCGAACGACGGCUACUUUUACUUCUCCACGACCAGCGAGAAGAAAUCCGAGGAGCCUAUCCCGAGCUCCGAAUUGGCAGCGCUCGCGAUAGACUAUGCCCGAGAACUCGAGAUGAUUGUGUAACACCUAUGCCUCUCCCUCUUUGUGUAUUUUACAUUUAAAUAAAUAUGCUUUAUCGUUCUUGUAAUAAUGAAUGUUACAGCCCUUUUUCUUUGUGAUAUAUGAUAUUUAAAAAAUAUAUAUAUAUAUAUAUAU